CCUUUCUCAUCCUUGAUUCUCCAUUUCUCUCAGAUUUUUUUUUUUUUCCUUUUUCCAUUAAAAUAUAACUACCAUAUUAACCGGAAAUAUAAGGUAGCUUAAAGACCAUCAAAACACAAAACAUGUGACACAGAAACAGAACACUUGAAAUAACACCACAAAGGAGAGCUGCUAAGCUUGCAGAUGAAGAGGAGAAGCAAGGAAGGAAUUACUCCCGUUAACAACAGGUCGCACAUCCUCUGGUGGUUUAAUGUAGAGCUGGACUUGAGCAGCAGGCCUUCAAAGUCUUGGUGAGGUAGAUGAAAGCAAGCAUUAUGAGCUUGGGUUGAAAGGAAGGCAGUGUGAGGCUGAAGAUCCUCUGGCAGUGCUUGGGCAUUCAAGAUUGCUCCUUUGAAUUGGUGACAGAAGGACCUACUAAACAAACAACUCCGUGGACAGAAUACUUCCACCAAAGAUACAAGGCAAGCCAAACUAUUAUUCUACCUACCCAAACCAGACCCAAACUCAUGCUAGCAGAUAUCUCUAUUGCAAACAAAGUUUAUAACAAAAGAAUCAAAUUAAAGCAAAAGCUUAACUGAAGAAAUAAUCUAGGAUACCUUAGGAUUAAAGAUUUCAUGACCAAGGGCAGCCCCUUCCCAAAAUCAUAAUCUCUGAACAGAUUCAACAGAAUCAUGGAGCCCCUGUGGCCUUAGGGGGGCCAGCAACCCCUUCAGACCUCAGCUUUUUUUCCUCUAAAAAAAAGGGUGCCACUUGCUGCAAUGGGCACGUUGAACAACUGAGAUUCCUCAAUUUGGAAACCGGGACUCACCUUUUGCUUUCUUCCAACAGGCCUCCCUUUCUUUAGUGUUUUCUUUUUCUCACCAGAUUUUGUAAACUUUACAUUCCCAGGGCUAGGCAAGGGUAGCAGAGAAUUCAAUCUUAGAAGUUGACUAGGUUUCAACCUCUUUGCUGUGGGACUAGUGGUGCUAUUUGAUCUGCCUCUCUUGAGUCUUAAGCCAUUAAACACCUUGUCCAAGG